CUGAAGGCAAAGGAUGCGGACGUCAACAUGGCCGCCACUCAUUGUACCCUCAUAACAGUCCCCUCCUCCUUGAUGCACGAAACCACCUAAGGCUCCGAGCUGGAGCUCAAUACUCGGUCAGCAUCUGUCUGUGCUGGUCGAGCUCUCUACGAGAGGAAAACAAGGCGUUUUACUUCCAUUUUAUUCUGAGCUGGUUCUUCAGCUCCUCAUAUUAACACAACAUGACGUUCAGGAGGCUGAAGAAAGUGAACUCCAGCGGGCCGGAGGUUGGAGCAGCGCCUCAGGACGGCGUUUAUUUCCCUUCGUCAAAGUCGGACAGCUGCAAGACUGUGGACUUACCGAGAAACUCCUCGGAAGUUUACAACUACAAAACUUUGGCUUACUCUGGUGGGACGCUACCCAGAAACUACAAAAAGGGCGGUGGGCAGCAGAAGUGCAAACCCCUAACACAGUCACAAGAGCCACAGAGGAAGGUGGUGGUCCUGGAGAAAAAGGAAGAGGAGACGUUUGGUUUUGAGAUCCAGACUUAUGGCCUCCACCAUCAGGACCAGAACUCAGUGGAGAUGUGUACGUUUGUGUGUAAGGUGCACGAUGACAGCCCAGCACAGCAAGCAGGACUGAAAGUUGGGGACACCAUCGCAAGUGUGAAUGAGACCAGCGUGGAGGGGUUUCAGCAUAAGGACAUCGUCCAGCUCAUCAGGGCCUGCGGUAACGCACUCAGGCUGGAGACAGUUUACAGCGACUCAAUCCGGAAAGCGGAGCUCGAAGCCCGGCUGCAGUAUCUAAAGCAAACUCUUCAUGAGAAAUGGGAUGAAUAUCGGUCACUGAUGGUGCAGGAGCAGCGGCUUGUUCAUGGCAUAGUAAUGAGUGACGCUGCACUAUACGAAUCCCUGGAGUCAGCAGGGGUGUACGGCAGCCUCGGCGCUCCCAGCCCCGCUGUGCAAAGAGCCCUCCGCGGCACCAGCAGCACCAGCAGCAGUGCCAGCUUCCUCAGCACGACCACCGAGGACGACCCUCUCUACCAGACGUGCCUGUACCAAGCAGAUGGCAGCGUGGACUCGGACAACAGCAGUGCAGACAAAAAGAAAGACCAGCAGAGGCAGCAGCGUCUGCGACCGACCAGCGAGCUCUUCGCAGUGGCCAAAACACACCUGACCCGCAGCGCCAGCACACGCAGCUACACGAGGGGAUCUUCGUCAUCCACCUUCGGGGAGAAGCAGGGCGGAAUCAACACGUUGCAGAAGAAGCCCAAACAGAAAAGCUUACGCAGACGCCUGCUCAAAUUUAUCCCAGGCUUGAACCGACCGCUGGAGGAGGAGGAGAGCAAACUGUGAGCUGUUCAACUAAGCUUCACAGGCAGCAGAAACAAAGACCUAAAGCACCUGUGACCAUCAAACUAAACCGCCAAAGACAACAGAGCAAGCAGACCCAAAGGUUGAAGAGACUGAGACCAAAGUGUAAUGGCUCCACGAUUGGGCAUUUGGCUACACGCAGUAGCUCUUUCACAGCUGUACAUAGGUUUUGUUUUUAUUUGAUUUGUUCUUUAAAUUAUUUAUUUAUUUAACAUGUUUGGUUUAUGUACAGAAUUAAGCUUUUUUUUUCAGUUUUUGCUGCAUGCACGACUUUUUUCACAGCUGAAUAAAUGACCUAUUUUGAAUGUGA